CGUCACAAAAGAAAAAAAAACCUCCCCCAAGCGGACACUCGGUGCGAGGUCGGCGAAGCACGCAACAUCUCCCCCUAGCCUUGUCUACUGCUCCUUGCACUUUGUCUUCCGUAUAGGCAUUUGAACAACUCUUCAAUCAGGUCCUCUUCGUCACCAGGCUUCUAAUUGAUCUUGCCCUAUCGGUCCUUGUCUGCUCCCCUCCACCACCUGGCUGGCGCGAGCCCCGCUCAUCCCCAUGACGAACGCUCCAUCCACUACGGCAGCUGGAGAUGCACUGCUUUCAAACGGUGUUGAAUCCAUCAAAGAGAGCCAUAUAUCACCAGAAAAUGGGCAGACCCAACCUCUACGGAGCAAUCACAUUACCACUGGAAAAACCCUCCCUAUACAAACCCCAGCGCAAGCGGAGGAAUGUCAAGAGCUUCACGAAGAACAUUCGCAUCCCCCCCUCUCCACCGUGAUCGCAAACCUCCAUAAACAAGUCACUUCAUUCCUCUCCGAAUCGCACGACGCCUCCAGCAUUCUCUGUAAAGUCCAGAACCAAACCCGUAUCUCCCUCAGCGUCAUGCAAGAAGCGCUCAAUCGCUUCUCCCUACAUGAACUCUCCCUGUCCUACAACGGCGGCAAGGACUGUCUAGUAAUGCUCAUCAUAUUCCUAGCCAGCCUUCACCCACUCCCCACGACUGAAACUGUAUCAAAAGAUGGCAAACGCACUCCUCCCCGAACCACAAUACCCGCCAUCUACGCACAGCCCCACCACCCCUUCCGGUCCGUCGAGGACUUUGUGGCCUCUUCCUCCCACACCUACCACCUCUCCCUAGUCCGCUACACCACCGAUCCGCCCUGCUCCACCAUCCGCACCGUCUUCGCCUCUUACCUAGACCACCAUCCGCAAAUCCGCGCCAUAUUUGUCGGCACCCGCCGCACAGAUCCGCAUGGCGAGAAGCUAACUCAUUUCGAUCGCACAGACCACGGCUGGCCUGACUUUGUGCGGAUACACCCUGUGAUCGACUGGCAUUAUGCGGAAAUAUGGGCAUUUAUUCGGCAUCUAGGGAUUGAGUAUUGCCCUCUGUAUGACGAGGGAUACACCAGCCUCGGCGGGACGAAUGACACGCAUCCCAACCCGAAGUUGAAGAUAAUAGACAAUAAAAACUCGAAUGAUGAUCAGUCCUCUUCCCUGCCAAAGCCUCGGUACAGACCUGCCUAUGAGCUUAUGGAUGACGACGAAGAACGGUUGGGGCGGGAUUGGUGAAUAAAAGGCCGCACGCAGCCGCAAUGUUUAGCGCACUAUUAUUAUGUUCAAGUUUCAUUGUUCCUACAUUCUGCGGGCGUUUUUAACAACCUAUCUCUCCCAGUACUGCAUACGCCGCAUAUAUAUAUCGCACCUCACACGAGACAUUUGUGAGCAAAAUCACAGCGCGCGCGACACCUAGACAAACAAUCUUAGAUUCCAUGCCGAUUUCUCUAUAAGCAUCACACUGCUUUCUUUCUUGAAUGUGGCGUUUUCCUACAUGCCCCACACGCCACGCGCCACACGCCACGCGCCACAUGGAACCCCCUACGACAGGCCAGUCGUAUAUUUAGAAUAUGUUAUUUUUAUUACAUCUUUUGAUGUCCGAAACCCACACCCCCAGAUACGAAUACGAAUAUACAACAAUACACCUGCACGGGUCCUGAACAAAACAAAGCCGAACCUUCUUUUUAACGGGAUCAGGGACGCGUACAUACACUCCUGGAAAAGCGAUCCCACAAUCCUCCUGACAUUCCCCUCCAUUCACCCUCCGCUUUUCAUUGCCAGUUGGGAAUACCUCCCAUUUAGCCAGCUUGCUUUCCGCACCCACAUGUCUGUGAGACUAGGUUGCCUGAGCGAAAAGCAAAUUACUAUCCUUCGUUGAUCCAAGCUCCGAACCAGCUGUCCGGGAGGAAGGGAGGGAAACACGAAAGACCCCGCUAUCGAGUUCUAUACAUUACAUAUAUUAUUUUCCCCUAGCUCAGGGGUAUGGGUUGGCCUUGGCUGUGUAGCGGGGGAGAAGGGCCGUGUCUUUCACUAUUCUAGUUAUUGUCAUAUUUGUAUACAUAGAGAGAGGUACAGUAGCCCAUAGAGAAUAUAUGCAAAUAGAAGGAUUGUUAUGUUUUGAAUAUAGGUAUCUGGCAUAUGCCUUUGGCUGCUGGUCCGCUGCAGCAGUAUUGGCUAAAUUGCUUCUGUUGUCUAUUGCACCUACAUGCAGAAGAGGGUUUUGCUAUAUUAGUUACUCCUUCUGAUAAUUCGCACGGGGGCAGUUGAAAUCGUAUUGACACGGUAAGAUCUAACCUACUUACUACCUCUCACCUCUAUACUAUGAGCAAAUUGAAGUUCCAUUAUUGCUAUUUGUAAAAUCACAUGCUAAAAGCUAAAAUAAGUCAAGGCAAUUGCCCCAUCACUUGUCUCAUCACUGGCG